GAAGGUACUGCCAGACACCGGGUUUGAUUAAUUUCCAUCUUCUUUUCACUUUAUUAUCGCAAAAGGAGACAAAAUGCCGAAAGCGGUCAACAUAAAUGUCAACAGCAUGGACUCUGAGCUGGAGUUUGCUGUCCAGCCCAACGCCACCGGCAAAAUUGUGUUUGACCAGGUGGUGAAAACACUUGGCAUACGUGAAAUCUGGUACUUUGGACUUCAGUACAUGGAUGGAAAAGGUUAUCUAACGUGGCUCAAACUGGACAAAAAGGUGUCACAACAGGAUGUGAAGAAGGAUAACCCGCUGCACUUUAAGUUUCGGGCCAAGUACUUUCCCGAGGAAGUGGCUGAGGAGCUCAUCCAGGAACCCACGCAGAAGCUUUUCUUCAUGCAGGUGAAAGAGAGCAUCCUGACCGACCAAGUUUACUGUCCACCCGAAACGGCAGUGCUGCUCGCCUCCUACUCUGUCCAAGCCAAGUAUGGAGACUACAACAAAGAGACUCAUCGGCCGGGAUACCUCGCUUCCGAACGGCUGCUUCCACGCAGAGUCUUGGAUCAGCACAAGUUAUCAGAAGAGCAGUGGGAGGAGAGGAUUCAGGUGUGGCAUGAGGAGCACCGCGGGAUGCUCAAGGAGGAUGCCAUGAUGGAGUACCUGAAGAUCGCUCAGGACCUGGAAAUGUAUGGUGUCAACUACUUUGACAUCAAGAAUAAGAAGGGAACACUGCUGUGGCUGGGAGUGGAUGCAUUGGGACUCAAUAUUUAUGAGAAGGAAGACAGAUUGACCCCAAAGAUCGGCUUCCCCUGGAGUGAAAUCAAAAACAUCUCCUUCAAUGACAAAAAGUUCACCAUCAAGCCCAUCGACAAACGAUCACCAGACUUUGUGUUCUAUUCGCCAAGACUGCGCAUAAACAAGCGCAUCCUUCAGCUGUGCAUGGGCAACCACGAGCUGUACAUGGGCCGACGUAAGCCGGACUCCAUUGAGGUACAGCAGAUGAAGAAUCAGGCCAGAGAAGAGAAGCUACAGAAACAGAUGGAGAGGGCCCAGCUGGAGAGCGAGAAGAAGAAGAGGGAGGCCAUAGAGAGGGAGAAGGAGCUGAUGGAGCGGGAGAAGAAGGACAUGAUGAUGAGGCUCUACCAGUUUGAGGAGAAGACCAAGAAGGCAGAGAAGGAUCUGCAGGAACAGACGCGGAGAGCCAUGUUGCUGGAUCAGGAGCGUUUAAAAGCCGAGGAGGAGGCCGCUCGCCUGGAGACUGAGCGUCAGGCUGCCUUGCUGGCUAAAGAAGCGCUGGCUCGCCAUGCCGAGACCCAGAAGAAGAGUCAAGAGCAGCUGGCUGCAGAGCUGAGGGAGCACACGACCAGGAUCACUCUCCUGGAGGAGGCCAAGAAAAUGAAGGAGAGCGAGGUGGACAAAUGGCAGCUGAGGGCCAAAGAGGCCCAGAAUGAUCUGAUGAAGACCAAGGAAGAACUCAACAUGGUGAUGAUGACGACACCACCUCCGCCUCCACCUCCUCCCAUGUACGACCACUUGGACGACAACAGCGACGAGGAGAACAACAGCAUGCACAGCGCCGACCUGCGUAUCGACGGCUUCCACGACCACCGCAAGGAGGAGGAUCGCCUGACGGAGGUCCAGAAGAACGAACGUGUCCAGAAGCAGCUGAAGGCGCUGACCGACGAGCUGGCCCACGCACGCGAUGAGACCAAGAACACCCAGAACGACCUCCUCCACUCUGAGAACGUGCGGGCCGGCCGGGACAAAUACAAAACCUUGCGACAAAUCCGGCAGGGCAACACCAAGCAGAGGAUCGACGAGUUUGAGGCCUUAUAAGGAAGGUACCUAGGACCCCCGCCCAUCCCCGCCGUAGCCUUGUAAUUUAAGCCCUUUCUGAUUGGUCAGUCGCUUGUGGCUUGUUGUAAAAAGCUUGUGCCAAACUGCUUUUGUCUUCUUUGUGUAAUUGAAUCAGUUAGCUGGAUAGACAUGAUGCACGUUCACAAAAUAAAAGCGACCACUCAGAAAGGGCAGCCUAAUGAAUGUUUUUGUGUUUCGUACGGCUCUACAGUAAAUUCACACCUAAUUUUAAUAUUUAUAAAGUAUACGGGACAUUAAAAAAAAGGGUAUUUCAUCUUGGUUUGUAUGUUUGUAUAUUUUUUGCAAUCAAAACGAUGAAAACGCCCUGCGACCCUAGUGAGGAUUAAGCGGCAUCAAAAAUUUAUGAACGAACGAAUGAUGACAAUGAUAAAAGUUUUAUAUAUACAGUGGAUCCACGAUUCAGCAUUCAUGGCCCUGCAAGUUUGUGGAAUUUUGCAGAAAAAAAAAAGAAUUUUGUUUCCCACAGAAAACACAUCUCAUUCACAUUAAGUGGGUGGUGUGUGUGUGUAUGUGUGUAUAGCGGGGAUCGGGGAUCUACUGCAUAUAUCUAUACUGUAUACACAUAUAUAUAUAUAUAUAUAUAUAUAUAUAUAUGUAUAUAUAUGUUCUCUGCUUUUAAUUUUAUUGAACUGUAAAAGACUGUGCUGUUGUUUUUGAAAAUGUUAACAUAAUA